AUGUGGAAGGCAAUAUCGCCAUGUUGAAAUCGUUGUAAUAGUGCGGUCAAGAAAGUUUAUUUUAACAAGAGUUUUACAGUCAAUAUUUUACCAAUAUGGGAAGAAAGAAGAAGAAGCAAAUAAAACCUUGGUGUUGGUAUUGUAACAGAGAAUUUGAUGAUGAAAAAAUAUUAAUACAACAUCAAAAAGCAAAGCAUUUUAAAUGUCAUGUAUGUCACAAAAAAUUAUAUACUGGUCCUGGUCUGUCUAUACACUGUAUGCAGGUUCACAAAGAAAAAAUAGACAAAGUUCCAAAUUCUUUACCUGGUAGAAAUAAUGUAGAAAUAGAAAUAUAUGGUAUGGAAGGAAUACCUCCAGAUGAUUUAAAAGAACAUGAACGUAGUAAAAAUAGUAGACCGGGUCAAGGUAGCAGUGCGUUGGAUUCAGAUGAUGAUAAUAGUAAUCCAGCUCAACCGUCAACGUUCGGAUCUGGUAUGCCGGGACCUCCGGGACAUAUGAAUUUUCCACCUGGAAUGCCCCCUCCUCCUAUGGGUAUGGGACCAAUGGGCCCUAUGGGACCAAUGGGUCCGAUGCCACCGAUGGGUCAUAUGGGACAUAUGGGGAUGCCACCUAACAUGCCACCCAAUAUGCCACCUAAUAUGGGACCUAUGGGCAUGCCACCAAGACCACCACCUCAAUCUGGUCCUCCACGCCCUUUAUUUCCUUCAGCAGCACAGUCACAUCCUCCUGGUUCAAUGAAUUCAUCACAGUCAGCUGGUCCGACUAAACUCACAUUCCCCGCAGCAGCAGCAGCGUCGGUGUCGUCUAGUGCUACAAUAACAGGUGCCCCUAUGAUAAAAAAGCCCGAGUCCACCUCAGGUUUGACCUCUAAGUUAAUGCAUCCUGAUGAGGAUAUAUCAUUGGAGGAAUAUCGUGCUGCAUUACCCCAAUAUAAGAAAUCAUCUGGACCUAUCAGUACAUCACAAACAAUGGUUAGUUCUAUGCAACCAAUGAUGUUACAAGCUGGUAUGAUGUCAGGUCCAAAUCCCAGAAUGCGACCACCAAUGUCACAAGCUCCUAUGAUGGGUGGAAUGCCAACAACUAUGGCUCAAAAUCAGAUGAGUAUGCCCCCCGGAAAUCGAUUCAACAUGCCCUUUAGUAACCCAAUGAUGAGAGGAGCUGGAAGAAUGAUGCAGGGAGGAAGAUAUUAAUAUAUGUUGUUAAAUAUGUAUCAUUUAUUAUUGGUCAUAAAUGAAAAUAUUUUGUUUUAUUCUUUUUUUUAUCAUUAUAUCAUAUUCAUCUUGUUAAGGUAAGCUUUCUCACCUGAGUCAUACAGAUCUCCACAAGUUAAUAUUUGUGGUAAGUCAUGCUUGUCAUAUCAAUAAAUGCUAUAUAUGGUCAUACCAAAAAAUAAAUAUCUUGAUUCUCAGAUAAUCCUCCAGUUGUAGUGACAAGGAGUAGGGUGACAAGGAGUAGGGUCGUCUGUCCAAUCUCGUGGGUUUUCUCCGGUUUCCGCCCACUGCUACAGACCCCUACCCACAAGCGAAUUAUUGAAAUAAAAUUGAACCAUAUGUUAGUCCAGAAAUGACCAAGUUUGAGUGUUAAACCCCUUUCUCUCUCUCUCUCACAGACAAUCCUUAACAAAAAUCUGAUGACAAAGGAAGGUUGAUAUUUUUUUGUUUUUAUUUUGUCUACUGGGCUAAAUGACUUCCAUAAACAUUCCAUUUCAAGGCAUUAAAUGUUGUUUAUAGGAAUGUAAGAUUAUCCAGUAUCAUUCAUGAUUGUCAAAUCAUUUAUGAGGAUUGUGUACUUGAUAUACGAGUCUACUGCACCUUUCUGGAUGCAUUCAACAAAUCAAUCAAUCUACCUGCAUUAAGUAAUAAGACUGUUUUAUGUUUCAUUUUAACAAAUAAAAACCGGCCAUGCAGCCGUAUUAAAGUGACGUAGGAUUAUCUGUGAACUAGAAUAUUUAUUUUUAUAUGUGGCCUGGUAGAUUGUUUUGUUUUAAAUAUUUGUAACAUACCAGAAUUAAUUCACAUGCUAUAUAAAAUGGCAACUUUGAUUAAAUUUGUUCGAUGUUUAGGACAGUUUUAUGAAUUUUGAAAAAAAAGCUUUAUCAAUGUUGUACACAAAUUUUAAUGUCCAUUUUUUUUAUCCUCAUCAUAUAGUUGCUAACAGUUACAUUAAUUUGGAGGGAGGGGUGUUAUUUGGUCUUCAAGUUGUUCCGCUGUCAGGUUUUUUGCAUGUUUUUUUUUUUUGGCUUUGGCAUGUCUAAGUUUCACCUGGAUUGUAAGAUGGCCAAUUUGUCAACUUUGGUCAAAUGUUCGAGUGGAUAUCUGAAAUCUUUUACAAGGCAAGUGGAAUUUUGUGUCACAGCAAUUUAUCUACGUUGCUGUUGGGCAAGUGCCCCCAACAUAGUUGGCGAUGUUUUUCAUUUUGUGUUUGUAUUUGUUGAAGUUUUUACAGGUUUAUGGAUCAUAAGGCAAGUGGGUCACAGCAGUCUUUCUGUCUGUUGGGUCCUUCAGUACCCCCAAUAAUAAUUGGCGACUAAUUUUCAUUCUGUUGUAUUUUAUGGUACUUAAAUGUGUCACAGCCAAAUUUGCUGUUGGGUUUUAACGCCCCCAACUUGAUGUUGGUGACACUUAAUUCAUUUUCUUCUUAUAAAAUCUUGUUUCAAUUAAAUAUUUUACAUGCUGACUUAAAGAAUUGUCACAGCAUUGUGCUGUUGGGUUUUAAACACCCCCAACAAUCGUUGGUGACUAAUUUCAAGUAAAUUUUUAAAAUUCAAAAACUAUAUUAAUUAAAUUCUUUAAAAUUUAAAUGUUAUGAAUUUAUAGUUUCUAAAUUAUGAGAUCACCAUAGAAUUCGAGUAUUUGAUUUUGUCAACUGCUAUUUUUAGUUUGCUGUGCCGCCAUGUUGCCUGGACCAAAAUAAAAAACUACCGAAAGGUGGGUUCACAAUCUUUACAUUAAAAUAUUAUGUUAAAGUGUUCGAGUUAUGACUAACAAUUUAUUGUAAAAUAUCAGUAUGUUCAAACAAGUAAAGUCUCUUGGAUUUCGUUUGAAAUAAAAUGGGUCUAUCUGAUGGAUUAUUUCAAUAAAUAAUAACCAAGCAAGCAAAUUAAAAUUUUCAUUCGGUAGAAUUGGUGAAAUUUGGUUUGUUAAUUUUUGUUUUGACUUAAAAUGGUUGACUUAUGUUUCAAAAUUCAUAUAAUCUAUGAAUAUAAUCAAAAACCGAUCUUUGUCACAGAAAACAAUUCAAGAUUAAAGAGUAGUGAAAUCAGAUUAUCACAUUCAUUUUCAACCCAAACAAAGAAUUGACAUUAAUUCUGUUUUUAACUUAAAAUGAUAUUAUUUAACAUUAAAAUGUACACAAUGUAUGCACUUUGUCAGUUGGGUUAUGUUCAGCAAUCACUUGUCUUCAGAUUUUAUUGAGUUGUGGUGAACCAAGAGAUAUCAACUAUUACCACUCACACUCGACCUUUGACCCAGAAGGUACUCUUUUUUUUUUUUUUUUUCUUCCAACUUAUUGUGGACAAUGCAGUGCUCAGAUUUAGUAGUCUAAAUUGUCAAGCUGUGUGGAAGAUGCCUUUGCAUGUGGCAUGGGUGAAAGCUGAGCAAUAAGGCUUUGGUUAAUUCUUUGGAAGGGGAGGUAACACAGCUUGAGAAUAUAGAUUUAUUUUGAUGCAGACCCGGUCUAGAUAGAAUCAUUGUAGUUGUCUCGUAUAAAAUAUCACGGACCACUGAAAUCAUACCCAUCAUUUUUAACUGUUUGUUGGUUCUGUAUUAAAAUUAUCAAUAAAAAAACAGAACAAAUACGAGACGGGCACCAGAGGGAUGUCAUGCCUGACAAUGUCUCGAACUGGUGUCUUGAUGAAGAUCCUAACUAUGUCCCUAACAGACACCAGAGGGAUAUCAUGCCUGACUGGUGCCUUCUUUCCUGACUUGAUGAAGACUCUAAAUUAUAUAGCCACACUAUAUCAUAUCUAGAAACUAGUCCGAUACUAUAAAAGGUAAAAGUUUGGUGCAAGUUGAUUAGUUAUAAAUAUUUGAUAGACUCGGACUAGCGUCUAGUAUGUUUUAUUAUUAGCCUAUUGUUUAUAAGUUAUCUGAGGAACGUUUUAACAAUUAUUAUCAUUGUAUAUAAACAUGAUUUAUUUGGCAAGAUGAGUUAUUGUAAUUAAAUGAUUCAGUUUUAAAA